AUGCAUGAUACUGGUGUUGCUCGAACCGUAAGAACGGUGAUCGCGACAUUUGUGCCAAAAGCGGGUCAUAUUGCAACAAUUCCUCUUUAUGAGCAAAGAACUGUUACCGCGGAUUGGUAUACCACCACUUGUUUACCGAAAGUCAUCACCGAGCUUCGAAAAAUCUACCCCGAAGGAAGAAUCAUCCUCCACCAAGGCAAUGCAAGCUCGCACACAGCCCAAAAAACAAGGCAGUAUUUAACGGAAGAAAACGUGGAAUUAUUUUACCAUCCUCCAUAUAGUCCCGAUCUAAGUCCUAACGAUUUCUUUACUUUCCCGAAAAUUAAAAACAGACUGCGUGCCACUAUUAACUCCACUGCAAAGAAAAAUCGGCUUAGAUGGGCUAAAGAACAUAGACAAUGGACACCUCAACAAUGGUGUGCAAUACAAUGGAGUGAUGAGGCCCGAUUCGAAUGUCUGAACAGAAAAGUGAAAUUUCCAGCAUCCAUUAUGGUCUGGGGCAGUAUAUCAUCAAAAGGAGUAGGAAAACUUCAUUUUAUUGAUGGAAAUGUGGAUACAAACAAAUAUUUGGCAAUUUUAGAAGAAUCGCUUUUACCAGUGAUGGAAGAAUGUUUGACAUCCGGCCAAGAUUUUGUGUUUCAGCAAGAUAGUGCAGCGUGCCAUACCUCAAAAAAGGCUAUAAAAUGGAUGGAAGAAAAUAAUGUACCACUUUUGAAAUGGGUUUCUAGCAGUCCAGAUCUUUCACCUAUUGAAACUUUCUUGAUUAGCGACAGGCAGUAUGGUUUCCGACACCAACGAUCCACAAGGGGCCUCCUAGCUUACUUCACGCAGUUGUGGAGUAAACUCAUCCAGUCUUAUGGCGAGGCUCAUGUCGUUAGUCUUGACAUCACGAAAGCGUACGAUUACCUGUGGCACGCUGCCCUCUUAAGCAAAUUUCCAUCCUAUGGCCUCCCAGAAAAGCUUUGCAGAUGGGUGGCUGACUUUAUCACUGACCGCAAGAUAUCCGUCGUAAUUGACGGGUUCUCCUUUUCAUCACACAACGUCAACGCGGGUGUUCCCCAGGGAUCGGUCUUGGCUCCGACACUGUUCCUCUUACAUAUCAACGACCUCCUUUCCUGCACGAUCAACCCAAUCCACAGCUUCGCUGAUGACAGCACUCUACAUGCAGGAAUUCAGAGUGACAAGCCGAUCUCUGCUGCUGAGCUGGAAAAAAGAAGACUAUCGACCACUUCCUCUCUGACAAGAGACCUGGAGGCUAUCGCUGCUUGGGGACGCAAUAAUCUUGUACAGUUUAAUGCUUCCAAAACACAGAACUGUACUUUGACGAACAAAAAGUUUCUGCCAAAGAGCCAUUCAUUUCGGCUGGUCGGAGAACACAUCUCGUCAAUAGCGGCAGAUGCUGGGAAAAAUCUAGGCUAUUUGUUUAGGUUUCGGACUAAGCAGUACUUUUCUCCGCAUGACCUUCUCACUCUAUACAAGGCCCAGAUAAGGCCUAGCCUCGAGUAUUGCUCACAUCGGACCGUCGGCGAUCUAGCUCUUUUCUACCGCUACACCAACGGGCUUUGCUCCUCAGAGCUCUAUUCCAUGAAGUCGCCGCGCGAUGUGCCUUCCAGACAGACCCGGCUGACUUUGGCGUCCCAUCCUAAUCGUGUCGAAUUUCGUACAUCCAAAACUGGCCGAUACGACCGCUUGCCAUCUGACGGAUGCCCCAGUAAUCGAAACUAUAACUAA